AUGCGGAACUUCAUCAAAUGUACCCCAUCAAGUACGGUGACCGACCCAGCUUCAAGGAGUCAAUUUCCGAGCGCUUGGCACCCAGUGGAUGCAUUUUCGGGCGGCCUUGAGCUACCUUCGAUUGCGACUUCGGUGGAACUCCUUCAAGUUAAUCUCGUCCGGCAGUCAAUUCGUCAAAGCCGUCAAGACUAUUCCACUCCGUUCAAGUGGUUUGUUCCCGCUCAAGCUGCGAUUGACUCGGCUUUCGGCGGUCAAGGUUCGGGUUUGGAUUUUCUCUACAUCCCGCUUUCGCCUUUGGCUCAAUCUUCUCGCUGGCACGCCAUUACCGACUACUGGAAGGCUGCUAUUGCUACUUGGAGCACCAAGAUUUUUCCCAAGCUUCAAUUUACGAACCCAGUUGUGACCAAGCUUACGUGGCCGAUUUGGAAUAAUUUUUUCAUUCGGUUUAUGGAGGACAAGCGGACACUUGCAGUGCUCCAUCGGAAGGCCUGCAAUUUUCUCAGUCAUCAAGGUGUUACAAGGAUUUUGACUUUUCUCUCCGUUUUUGGCUCGCUUCCGGAUGAAGAUACUCUUCGGAUUUCGUUGGCUUCCUCUUCGAUCAAGCCGGGCCGCUCGAUGACUUCUGUGGUACAAAAGCUGGCUUCGCGACUUGCUUUAUCCGCACACUAUCAAGAUUUCGCGAUGUUUCCGCUGCCACCUGAAAGGAUGGUCGGCGCACUUCAUGUAUGUACUUUCGAUGGUGUUGACAUUGCCACGCCGUCAAACCGGAUCAUCAAGCGUCUGUUGCUUGAUCAAGAGCCGCCGCCCCUUCCACUUCUCCAGCUUUCAGUUCCUGAAGUGGUUAUUGGGUCUUCACAUUGGGCGCUCGAACGGCUGCUCCAACGCGAUGUUCUGCCAGUCUAUUCUGACUUCGUCUUUUGGCUCCAGCAUAAUGGACUUGGUUUCCGGUACAAGUACCAUUGGCACACGGCGGACGUUCAUUGUGUUCACAGUUGUAUUACUCCGGAAAACCCCCAUCAUUUACUAUGGGAUUGCUAUAUGGCCAAGCGUCUGUGGCUAUUAUUUCUUCCCCCGUUUUCACGAAUUUUCCAGUCUACGAUCGGCUGGCCCCAUGUUUUCUUUCUGCUUCACUUGUACAUUCCGGUGCGUCGCCAAGAUCUGUUUGGCUCGCUACCUCCGGUUCGACUCUUCAACAUGGUCUGCAUUGUUAUUUUACGGACGCUUAAGCUCAAUAGCAACAAGGCGAUUUUCGACCCCCCUGCUCUACAAUUUAUGGGUGUCUUCCGUCAAUGUCUGACCAUGGUUCGUCUUCAUCUUCAGCAUUUCUUCAUGACGAUGAAGCACCCGCAAUAG